AAUCAGUCGGAACUGGAGCUCUCACUUCGCCUUGUUAUCGGUUCGCUGGGGUCUCAUCUCCGGUCCGCUGGCGGAGAUCAGUUUGCCAGCAUCCGCCGCUCGAGGAGUCACGAUCUGAUCUGAGCUGAGCACCAUGAGCUGUCCCUAUGCAGGAAACGGAAACGAUCACGAUGAUUCGGCGGUGCCAUUAACCACGGAAGUGGGCAAAAUCUAUGGAGAGUAUCUGAUGCUGGACAAGCUGCUCGAUGCGCAGUGUAUGCUCUCCGAGGAGGACAAGCGACCCGUGCACGAUGAGCAUCUGUUUAUCAUCACGCACCAGGCCUACGAGCUUUGGUUCAAGCAGAUCAUCUUUGAGUUCGACUCCAUACGGGACAUGUUGGAUGCAGAGGUCAUCGAUGAAACCAAGACGCUGGAGAUUGUCAAGCGACUGAACCGAGUGGUUCUGAUCCUGAAACUCCUGGUGGACCAAGUGCCCAUUCUGGAGACCAUGACCCCGCUAGACUUCAUGGACUUCCGCAAGUACCUGGCACCCGCAUCCGGUUUCCAGUCGCUGCAGUUCCGUUUGAUCGAGAAUAAGCUGGGAGUGCUGACAGAGCAGCGGGUGCGGUACAACCAGAAGUAUUCGGAUGUCUUUAGCGACGAGGAGGCGCGGAAUUCGAUUCGCAACUCGGAGAAAGAUCCCUCACUACUGGAGCUAGUGCAGCGCUGGCUGGAGAGGACUCCUGGACUGGAGGAGACUGGCUUCAACUUCUGGGCCAAGUUCCAGGAGAGCGUCGACCGAUUCCUGGAGGCGCAGGUACAGAGCGCCAUGGAGGAGCCCGUGGAGAAGGCCAAAAACUACCGCCUCAUGGACAUCGAGAAGCGACGCGAGGUUUACCGCUCCAUCUUUGAUCCGGCUGUGCAUGAUGCACUGGUGCGCCGUGGGGAUCGCCGGUUUAGCCAUCGAGCCCUCCAGGGAGCCAUCAUGAUCACCUUCUAUAGGGAUGAACCCAGAUUCAGCCAGCCACACCAGUUGCUCACCCUGCUCAUGGACAUCGACUCGUUGAUAACCAAGUGGAGAUAUAAUCACGUCAUCAUGGUGCAACGCAUGAUUGGAUCCCAACAGUUGGGCACUGGUGGCUCGUCCGGAUAUCAAUAUCUGCGCUCCACUCUCAGUGAUCGCUACAAGGUGUUUCUGGAUCUGUUCAACCUGUCCACUUUCCUGAUUCCCCGCGAGGCGAUUCCACCGCUGGACGAGACCAUUCGCAAGAAACUGAUCAACAAAAGUGUCUAACAAUCGGCAGGGUAUUCAAUUAGUCAGCGUUUAGCUAUGCGUUGUUUGUUCUACCUACUGUUUCUCGUUUUGGUGUAAUAAAAUUACUUGUUUAGUCUUUGUUAUUACA